AUGGCCGCAAAAGAUCCAUUAUCUACAACACCGGAUACUGAUCCAAAUACGUUUACCAAUGCUGAAGGUGAAGAUAUAAUGUAUGAACUUGUUGACCAGGAAGAAGAAUGGAAGAGAUGCUUGGAUGAAAUGAGACAAGCUGUUUCUAAAGAAAAUAUAAUAGCACUAGAUUGCGAAGGUGACAACCUUUCACGAAAAGGUAAAAUGCAACUACUUUCAAUUGCGACGCGUGAUUAUGCCUAUGCCUUGGACAUACAGAAACUAAAACUGCUCCCGUUUGUAAGUGGACUUAAAGAAGUAUUAGAAGACAAAAAUGUGAUGAAGUUGAUGUUUGAUUGCAGGGAAGACGCAGACGCUUUGUUCAACCAGUUCCACGUAAAACUGGACGGUGUGCUCGACAUUCAAUUGCUAGAGAUAAUGAAAAGGUCCCAGUUUGAGGGAAACGCGAUAAAUAGGAAAAGAGGCGAUCACGCUAUCCAUGCUAUUCGUUUGGAUAGCCUUUUUGACUGUAUUAAAGAGUUUGGCAAAUCCGAUGAAAUGAUUAAACAAAAAAAAGAGGGAAUGGGGAGAAAAAACGAAUGGGCAAACCGACCUCUUACGGUUGAACAGAUGAAAUACGCGAAAACUGAUGUAUUGUCAUUAUUCUGCCUGUUUGAUCACUUCAAACCAGUCGAUGAAGAAAUGUCAAGGUUGAAAAUUGCAUCACAGAUUUAUGUAGACUUAAAAAGGUCUAUUCCAAACCGUGAGUACAACGAUUUCGAAAACAACCGGUAUCUUCCAGUGGACGUAAUUCCAGAUAAAGGAUCUGUUAGUUUUCCAGUAGGUGAUAUUUCGUGUAAAACAUGUCAUCGCAGGUUCCCACGAGCAGAAUUUUCCAAUUCUCAGCUGAAAACCAACAACCAGAUGUGUAGAACAUGCAAAAAGGUAAAGAAUGACAAUGAUCUACACCAAAACAGGCUGGACAAUUAUGAGAGGGCACAAUACAGAAGAUCUUGGUAUGAUGAUUCCUCUUCAGAUGAUGAUGGCAUUUAUGAAUUUAAUAGAAUUUUGUCACUGUACCUAGCAGUCAUGAAAAAGAAGUAAAGCUGUAAGCCCAGAAGUGUUCAUUUUCCGCAUGAAAGUACUCCUGUACUUAAUCAACUAUCGAUUAUGCAAUAUUUAUUGCGUGCAUUUCAAAAUACCUUAUUUAUGCAAUAUAAUGUAAACAUAAACCAGUUGAAAAGAUAAGGGCGUCACGAAGGAGUGCACACUUGUCUUCAAUCAAUACGUUAGUAUCUUGCUGUAUUUAAAAUCAAUGAUAUAAUUUGUGUUGCACAAAUUACAGAAAAACUCUUUAGGAGAGAAUGUUGUUUUAUAAUUUCAAUGUACAGUGUUAUAACAAUAGGCUAAAAAUGUGUAAACUUGAUUUCAAACAAAAUUUUAAACGCAGUUUCUUCAUAAUGAUUAUCUUAGUAGGACAUCUUACGAAAGUUUAUUGCAUUCAUUAUUUGUGUUGGUUUUAUUAAUUUUGAUUUCGCAUUUUUACAUACAUGUAGUAAAAAAAUUUCGCUUUAAAAUUUCAAAACUCAAUCGAAUCGUAUCUGUUAAAAAGGUGUUAAUCGGGAAUCAUAAUAUGCAUAUUAUAAAUUCCAUGAACCUUUAAUGAGUGAUAAUGGACAACCUUUGAAAAUAUCUUGAUACUGCAAGAAGAUAAACAUAUGUUAAACAUACAAAUAGUCAAAAUGUGCAAAUGUAGACAGUUGAUGAUUUGUAAUCGUUGUUAUGAUAAUACUUUUAAUAGUAAUGAGUGUUGUUGCUGUUGUUACUGAUGAUGAUUAUAAUAAUGAUGAUAAUGAUUUUGUUGUUGUCGUUGUUGCUCAUGACGUUAAUAAUGCCAUGCACUGUUGCAGUCCUGUUUUUCAAAGAAGAUGAAAUUUGAAAUAUUGUCAAAAUUGGCAAAUGCGAAAUGUCUGUAAUUAUCGUUGCUCUUUAUUUUGUUUGUUGCUGUUGCCGUUGUUGUUAUUGUUUUAUUUUUCCUAAAAGGUGAGUUUUUAUUUCGUGAAUAAAGUUUAAUGAGACCCAUGUAUUCAAUAAAUCUCUAUGAACAAUA